AUGCCCAGCGCGUCUAUCCCCGCAUGGCAGGCGAGUGCCCAACUCACGACGGAGGGAGCAAGAAACUCUGGGUCCGAAGGAAACCAAAAUGAAAGCUCGGACCGCCGCCAGGUCCCAACCGGUUGCGCAUGCCAGUCGGGCGGAAAUGGCGGGUACGAGAAUUCGGGAUCUGCUGCAUAG